ACCAUUCACUCGUUGAUUUUCGCGUUCUUUUCAAACUCUCUCUCUCUGAACCCAAAACACCUUGUUUUGUUUUCUCUUCCACUCGAUCAUGGACUUCCACAGCCUCUCAAGGAAGGAGCUUCAAGCACUUUGCAAGAAGAACAAGAUUCCCGCGAACAUCACCAAUGUUGCCAUGGCUAACGCUCUUUCGGCUCUUCCUCAUGUUGAAGGAUUGGAUGAAUUUUUUAAUCCAAUUGAAGCUGAAAAAGCAGCUGAAACCCCCGUUCCUCAUCGUGGUGCGGCGUCUAGAACCGCAACCCGAAACAAACCUGUUAGAGAAGAACCACAAAGCUCAAAGGUGGUGUCUUCGCAGAGGCCUCAGCGUGGGACUAGAAGAGCAGGAAAUGGUGACGGACUGAUAGCAUCCGAGCAAGAGAAUAAAGAUGCCAAUGUUUUGGUUACUCCUGCUGCAAAGAAAAGGGCUCCUGCAGUUUCUUUGCGCAGAAAGAAGGAAGUUGAGGCGGUUGAAGAUGAUGAAGAGAAGAAUAGGGGCAAUGAAAAGAUCAUUGAUUUGACUAAGACUCCUGCUGCUGUUCCAAGCAGUAGGACAAGGGCCACUGCUCGAAGGUCGGUGAGGUUGCUUGAGAAGAACCUGUCCAACAUGAGCUUGAUCGAUGCUGAAGACAAUGGACUUGAAAAGCUUGAUGAUGUUUCUGAGGAAAUCAUUAGUGUGUCUCAGCAAAUUGAAGACUCUGCAGAUACUGAAGAGGUGUCUGAUGCAGGGGCUAGUGUGAAGACUGUGACUGAUGUGGUUUCAGGAGAAACCAAUGAACAAGAGGUCUGCUCUAUGGAAAUGAAAACUGAAUCUGAAUUGGUCAAUGAUUUGGGUUCAGAAGUGCAAGCAGUUUCUGUGGAAGAAAUUGAUGUUGAGCCUUUGUUGGAGGCUGAAUCAGAACACAAGGGGUCAAGUUUGAAAGCUGAUUCCGUGCCACGUGAAACAAAUGUGAAAUUGGAAGGAAGUUGUGAAGCACUGGAAGAUUCGAAUACAGUGGACCAAGCAAUAGAGGAGAAUGAUGUGCAUGGAGGCGAUGAAGGAUCUGAGUUAUCUGAAAUAGAGGACGGUGACAAAUCUGAAGAUGAAAAGGGCCCAGCAAAUUCUGAUGCAGUUAUUGAACUGAAUUCAUCCAAUGUUUGUUCUUCUGAUGAGCCCCAAGAAGAAGAUUGUGAAGUCAAAUUGCACUAUUCUGAUGAAUUAUCAUCAGAAGUUGGUGAGAAUCUAGAAGAAGAAUCUGAAAUCAAAUUGGAGAACUGUGAAGAAUCCAUGGAAGAGGGAUCGGAAAAGGUCAAUGCAUCUGACCUCUUCGAUGUGCCUUCUGCUCAAGCCUCAGAAAAUCUAACUGUUAUUGAUAAUUCUGAGCUCUUGGAAAAAUCCUCCACCAUGGAGGAAGAGAAAUUAAUUGAUGGUGCUUCUGAUGUUAUCGGCGCAUCAUCUUAUGAAGAAUCCAAGACAGGGGUUGAGGAAAUGGAUAGUAAUGCUUCAGAAGAGGAUUAUGCAAAUCCAAAUUCUGAGAACUCUUCUGAUGUUACUGAGAAAAGCAACAGUCUUGAAGAUAUCACUCUUCAAAAUCACCAAGGAAAAUUAGAAGAAACAUCUGAGGAUUUAGAAGAAAAGGAUGCAAGUGCUGCUCAGAUCUGCAUUGAAUCCUCCGCAGAUGUUAACCAUGUUACUCUUGAAUCAUCAUUGGUCCAUGUAGCUGUACGAGAAGCAGAAGAACAAAAGGACGAUGAAUCUGAUCAAUUGAAAGGUAAUGACCAACAUGAAGAUUCUAAUGAUGAUGCAGCUGCAGAAGAAAUUGCAACACAUGAUGAUUCAUUGUCUCUGCCGAUUCUCAAUCCCGAAAAGCUAGUUGAAGAUGAUCUCUCAUCAGAAGUUGUCAUUGCAGAUAAAGAACAACAUCAUGCAGUCGCAGAAGAAGUUGCAACUGAUGAUGCUUCACUCUCUGUGCUGAGUUUCAAUUGUGACACAGCCGUUGAAGGUGAUGUUUCAUCAGUUGCCAUUGCAGAUAAAGAACAACAUGAAGAAUCUAAUGUUCAUGCAGUCGCAGAAGAAGUUCCCACUGAUGAUGCUUCACUCUCUGUGCUGAGUUUCAAUUGUGACACAGCUGUUGAAGGUGAUGUUUUAUCAGUUGUCAUUGCAGAUAAAGAACAACAUGAAGAAUCUAAUGUUCAUGCAGUCGCAGAAGAAGUUGCCACUGAUGAUGCUUCACUCUCUCUGCUGAGUUUCAAUUGUGACACAGCUGUUGAAGGUGAUGUUUCAUCAGUUGCCAUUGCAGAUAAAGAACAACAUGAAGAAUCUAAUGUUCAUGCAGUCGCAGAGGAGGUUGCCACUGAUGAUGCUUCACUCUCUGUGCUGAGCUUCAAUUGUGACACAGCUGUUGAAGGUGAUGUUUCAUCAGUUGUCAUUGAUGAUGCUUCGCUCUCUGUGCUGAGUUUCAAGUGUGACACAGCUGUUGAAGGUGAUGUUUCAUCAGUUGUCAUUGCAGAUAAAGAACAACAUGAAGAAUCUAAUUUUCAUGCAGUUGCAGAAGAAGUUGCAACUGAUGAUGCUUCAUUGUCUGUGCUGAGUUUCAAUUCGGACAAAGCUGUAGAAGGUGAUGCUUCAUCAGAAGUUUUCAUUGAAGAUAAAGAACAAAAUGAAGAACCUAAUGAUGAUUCAGCUGCAAAAGAAACAGCUAUGGAUGCUUCAAUGCAUAUGCCGAGUUUCAACUCCAACACGCUGGUGAAAGCUUGUAAUACUCCAAUACAAUCUGUUGUUGUUGAACAAUCACAGGAAGAAACAAAGGGUGUUGCAAAUGAGAUUCAAACAGUGGACAGUGCUGUUGGUAAGAAGGAGAACCGAACCGAUGAUUUGCAUCAAAAGAGUGUGAGAGAACUAAGGAAGAUGUUAAAGAAGUUAGGGCUGAAUAAUAAUAAUGUUGCUGGGAAGGAAGUGGAGAGGAAAAGAACUGCACUGCAGGUGCUGCCAGAGAACCAGAAUACUCCAAAGGCUAAGUGAUUGGCUUGAACAAAUUGUUUACCACAAGAGUUUUAUAUGGACGUUGGCUUGAACAAAUUGUUUACCACAAGAGUUUAUAUGAACGUUUAUGUAGUUUAGGAAGCAGUUUGAAUGUCCAAAUAAUGUUUGCUUAGAUAGUUGGAUACAACAUACGAGGGGAGGGUCCAAACUCUUGGUUUUGACCCUCAUAUGCACUAUAUUUUGCUUUUCUCAGUCAAGUUGCAGAUUUUUAUUGCAAUUUCUGUUAGAUAUUAUGUUUUUCUUAUUAUCAUUUUAAUGGAAUAUUUCUGUCUAGUAUCUAUGACACCUAUUUACCAUUCGCCUACUGUAAUCUAUUUUAAUGUAAUCUAUUUUACUAUGAA